AAUCAGUAUCGCGUGCGAUUUAUUAGUGUAGCGGAUUCAAAAAUACAUUUUAUUUCUCUAGAUUGAAAAGGAUAAUGAACGGAACAAUGGCCAUGGCACCAACUUCACAAAAUAAUAUGGAACCACCAAGCAAGAAGUCUAGAGUUGAAGAUGUUACAGCGGAGAGACAGUACAGAAUCUGUGGCCUACGACUGAGCUGUGAUCAUGAGCGUGCGCCAAACAAAGAAAGAGAACGCUACAUUCGUUGAACAGAACAAAUCAGAGUUUUGCAAACUCCCACUCACACAGCAUCAAUCGAGUACCAUAUAUGAUGCAUACUUUAGAUAGAUAUGUGCAUCGCCUCAAUCUCGGAUAAUUUGCGCGCAACCGUCAUUGCUCAGCCCAGAAUACGGUUAGCUGUAAAUCAAACAAUUGAACAAAGUUAACAAUUUUAAUUCACGAAAUUGCAAAUUAAAAAAAAAAAAUAAAUAAAAAUAAAAAAUAAAAAAGAACGGAGAAAUCUUAACAAAACGUUUCAACGUGUUCUGAUUUCUGUUUCAGAGACUAGCAGACCAAAUUGGUUAUGAUCGUAUAAAACGAAAGUAUCUAAUGUAAUUAUAAGUGGUUUGAUGUUUUGAGGCUGAUAUUUAAAUUAGCAAUUAAAAUUAUUCAAACUUCAACUGAAUUUGGCUUGUGAAAUAUUUUUAAAAAGUUUACUUUAAAGUAACUUCUACUUACAUUUUUGUAGACUAUUAAACAAUUACUGCAAAAGAUUUCAUGACUGAUUUAAAAACUAUACAGUGCACUUUCAUUUUUUCUGAUAGUUAGGCGAAGGAGAAUUCUGUUUCUCCAUUCUUAAUGCAUCUGUGUAUAUAUAUACAUAUAUAUACACACAUAUUAAAAAAACACUGUUUUAAACAGUUGUUGUAUUGCGUAUAUUUUGACUAUUUUAAUUCUUUUGAACUUACAGUUUGGAGGAAGAUCCUAUGGCGGGAAUUGCUGUACAAUAUUAUUACUUAUUAUGGUUCCUUUAGUUAAUUGUGAUGUUAAACAGAACUUAAUAGAAGACUAUUUUGAAUGUCUUAAUUAGUUCAAUUGUUAUAAAACAGUAACUUCAUAAUAUUUUACUUAAAGAUAUCUAAGACUUUUAACUACCACAAAUCUAUUUAUUAUCGUUAUUUUUUAAAUCAAAUAAUAGUUUCUAAUCAAAUAAUAGGUUAAUAUAAUAUAAAAAUUGAAAUAUUGAAAACAAAACUGACAAAAAUUUAUUUCACAAAGUUAGAAUAGAAAAAUAAAAAUUUGAUUACUAAGAUAAUACCUCUACCUUCACAAAAAUAUGAACGGUAUAUUAAUGUCUCAUAAAUGUGCAAUGUGAUGGUGGAAGUAAUGACAAUAAGUAUCCAUGAUAGUAUAAUUUUUUUCUAAUACCAAAUUUUUUUGUAGGGAACGCAACAGACUUCUUGCCAGGCCCUAUAUAUGACCUUAAUCAAAUAGGUCAAGUUGUAGCCGGUCCUGGUGCAAAAUACCUUACAUUACCUGGCAUCUUAGGUGCCGGACUACCAAAAAUUACAUCUGAACAGCAAGAUACAGUGAAUAGAGCGAAGAAAUAUGCCAUGGAACAAAGCAUCAAGAUGGUUCUCAUGAAACAAACAUUAGCUCAUCAACAACAGAAGAAUAAGUUGGUCCUGCGGCAGCAAGUUUUAUUGCUAAUGUGCAGCAAAUGGCUAGUCAACGGAAUCAGGUGCAGAGACAGCAGGCUCUCGCCCUCAUGUGCAGGGUAUACGUAGGCAGCAUCAGCUUCGAAUUGAAAGAGGACACAAUCAGACAAGCAUUUUUACCCUUUGGACCAAUCAAGUCUAUCAACAUGUCUUGGGAUCCUGUUACGCAGAAACAUAAAGGAUUUGCAUUCGUCGAAUAUGAGAUACCUGAAGCUGCACAACUUGCUUUAGAACAAAUGAAUGGUGUCAUGAUUGGUGGACGCAACAUCAAGGUAGUGGGAAGACCAUCCAAUAUGCCUCAAGCUCAAUCAGUAAUCGAUGAAAUUACAGAAGAAAGCAAACAUUACAAUCGUAUUUAUAUUGCAUCCAUACAUCAUGAUUUGACAGAAGAUGAUAUAAAAUCUGUCUUUGAAGCUUUUGGACCUAUUACAUAUUGUAAAUUAGCACAAGGCAGUUCACCACAUAGGCAUAAAGGCUACGGCUUUAUUGAAUAUGAAACGAUGCAAGCAGCUUUAGAAGCAAUAGCAUCUAUGAAUUUGUUUGAUUUGGGUGGACAGUACCUAAGAGUUGGUAGAGCUAUUACUCCACCAAAUGCUUUGAUGGGGCCACCAAGUGGAACUAGUAUGAUGCCAACAGCUGCCGCAGUAGCUGCUGCUGCUGCUACAGCAAAAAUACAAGCUAUGGAUGCAGUAGCUAGCAAUGCUGUAGCACUUGGAUUGACCAAACUUGGAGCAACUGCACCACCGAUCUUGAAUCAAGCUUUACCAGGAAUAGUACGACCAACGAUUGCACCCGCAACAAUAAUGGCACCACCAACUGUUGCAACUGUUGCACCCGUUAUACCGCCUCCAGGUAUUGCCAUACCACAAACCUUAACUCGCCCACCUGCAAUUAUACAACCAAUUCCUGGACAACCAGUUAUUAUACCACCUCGAGCUGUUGUUGCUCCUGCCAUUGUAGGAACUCCAGUUAUACCAGUAGUAACAACAACAGCAAAUUCUGAUAUUAUGAGACGAGCGCAAGAGCAAGCAGCACAUCAGAAACAACAAGAAGAAUUACAGAAAAAAUUAUUAGAAGAAACCGAACCACAAACAUUACAACAGCAAGAAAAUAUGUCUAUUAAAGGACAGAGUGCUCGACAUCUCGUUAUGCAAAAACUUAUGCGUAAAGUAGAAUCUCGUGUUGUCAUUCUACGAAAUAUGGUGGCUCCUGAAGAUAUCGAUGAAAGUCUAAAAGAAGAAAUUCAAGACGAAUGCUCUAAAUUUGGUGUUGUCGAACGUGUUAUUAUUUAUAAUGAGCGACAAUCUGAAGAUGACGAAGAUGCUGAAGUUAUUGUGAAAAUUUUUGUCGAAUUUUCGCAAAUGAGCGAAGCCGAACGAGCAAGGGAUUCUUUAAACGGUCGUUAUUUUGGUGGGAGAUUGGUGAAAGGAGAGUUAUAUGAUCAAGCUUUGUUUGAUAAUAGUGAUUUUUCUGGUUGAUGAGCGCACUCUCCAUUAUACAUUUAUAUAUUAAAUUCCAUCAAUUUCUACCACAUGGAAGGAUUUGUAUUUGAUGUUGACUGAUAGUUUGUAUUUGAACAAACUUCGGGAUAUUAUUUAUUACAAGCUCUCACAAUUAUCAAUUGAGUGUCGCAUUGAUAUUCAAAGCAGAUACAAUUGAUUUGUCAUUUUAAUAUCUUGAGAAGUAAGGUUCAUUUCAUGCGUUCACAAUACCUGAUAAUAUAAGUAAUAGUAUUUUAAAAACAUUGGAGUUCAUAUUCAGAGUAAAGUUCAUUCAUUAAAGAGACUAAUUAUACUACGAUUUAAUAUACACUGAUAGGACGUAAAUAGAUUUCUGUAAUAAUCAAACAAAAUACAUUGUUUUUUUAUUUCAUUUUACUUUAAAUUACAUCUACUGCAAAGUAUUAUGCAAAAAUGAAAAUUGUGUUAACUUUAUAAACACUGGACAAAUAUAUUAUUCAUAAGCACUUGAAUUUUAAAAUUGUAAAGUACAAGUCAUCGUAGUAUCCGAAGUUUUCUAUUCGAGUUGGUUUAUUUACAAAAAUACUCUGGAAAAGAUCAAAGGGUAUUUCUUUUUAUAUAACAUUAACUAUUUGUAAAUUGAACAUCUUGCAGUUGUAGCGCUAAAAUUUAUAAUUUCUUUUUGUCAUGAAAUGACUGAUUUAUAGAUGAAAAUAUAUGUAAAUAGAUAAUAGAGAAUAAUAAUAAAUUGUUUUACACAUAGUAUUCCUGUAAAAUCAAUAGUGCACACAUUAAUUUUCAAAAUGGAAAAGAACUAAUACUACAAGAUGUAUAUAUAUGAAGGUUUUAUUGGCUACAAAUAUAAAGAAUGAGUUAUAACCAUAACACAA